UAACCAAUCAGGGCUUAUUUUGAAGGGAUUGAAUAUGGCGCCCAGGGAGCGCACACCAUGACAACAGAGAGCUAAAAUACUGUUGAACCUGCGACGCUUGAUCAAGAACACGACCCAAAGCAGUGAAAUUCUUGCUUGUUGCUAUAUAUUCGAUUGAUUUUAAACUUUAUUUGCACUCUUUAUAUAAAUCUGUAAGGUUUUUUUUCACCACAGUGACUCAGUUUAGCCGGUUGAUGGGCUAGCUAACAGCCUGCUCUAACGCGAUGCUCCAACAUUAGCUCGUUAUUAAAGCCGGGAAACUAAAGGCGUUCGGACGUGUAUCGCGACCAUGUCAGAGCCCAGAGAAGAGCGUCGUUUCGCUGAAGUCUCCCGAGACUCCAUCAAGCUGAUGGCGGAGAGCGCCGGUGUGGAGCUGCCUGAUGACUUAGCGUCGAUGCUCGCGGAGGACGUGUGUUACCGCCUCAGAGAGGCGACGCAGAACAGCUCUCAGUUCAUGAGACACGCCAAGAGACGCAAACUGACUGUAGAGGACUUUAAUAGAGGACUGCGCUGGAGCAAUACUGAGGUUGUUUGUGGUUACGGUGCCCAAGAUGCCGUACCAUUCCGAUCCCUGAAAGAGGGCGAGCUUUUCUUUGUUGAGGAUCGGGAGGUGAACCUGGUCGAGUUGGCUCUUGCCACCAACAUACCCAAGGGCUGUGCUGAGACGACCGUGCGAGUGCAUGUAUCUUAUCUUGAUGGAAAAGGAAAUCUGGAACCUCAGGGCACAGUCCCCGUUGCUGUGCAGUCUCUGUCAGAUGACCUUCUCAAGUAUUACCAGCAGAUCACUAGAGCCAUAUUAGGAGAAGAUCCACAUCUAAUGAAGGUUGCUUUAAUGGAUCUUCAGUCCAACUCUAAGAUUGCUGCUCUCCUACCUUAUUUUGUUUACGUCAUCAGUGGGGUGAAGUCAGUAAGUCAUGAUCUGGAUCAGCUGAACCGGCUGUUGCACAUGGUGAAGAGUCUGGUUCAGAACCCAUACCUGUAUCUUGGUUCCUAUGUGCGCAGUCUGGUCUCCAGCGUCAUGUAUUGCAUCUUGGAGCCACUUGCUGCCUCUAUCAAUCCACUAAAUGACCACUGGACCCUGAGAGACUAUGCUGCUCUGCUGCUCAGCCACAUAUUCUGGACUCAUGGUGACCUGGUGAGUGGACUGUAUCAUCAGAUUCUGUUGUCACUGCAGAAGGUUUUGUCAGACCCGGUGCGUCCUCUGUGCUCUCACUAUGGAGCUGUGGUGGGGUUGCACGCUCUCGGCUGGAAGGCUGUUGAGCGUGUGUUGUAUCCCCACCUGCCUGCAUACUGGGCGAAUCUCCAAGCCGUGCUGGACGAUUACUCUGUUUCUAACGCACAAGUAAAAGCAGAUGGGCACAAGGUCUAUGGAGCCAUUCUUGUGGCAGUGGAGCGUCUGCUAAAAAUGAAAGCUUUGAGUUUGACAGCAGAAGGAAGUCCUGCUGCUCUUCAGAGUUCUGCGGGAGGAGGGAUGCGCUUUCGAGAGAGCUCACCAGGCCUCAGUCCUCCCCCUGAACCCCUCUCUGAAGCUCCUCUGGGUAUCGCAAGCCACCUGCAAGCAGCUGGAACAGGCUGCCAGUGGGAGGAGUGGACCCCAGUGUCCCUGCCUGCCAUGUAUUGUGAGCUCUACUCGUUCUUUGGAGACAGUUUGGCUGUGCGUUUUAGUACAGGGCCUGCAUUAGGCAGUGCACCACCAGCAGCCUCAGUGCAUCCUUCUGAUGCCAGGAAAGAGACAGGGAGUGGCGCAGGCAGCAUUGAGAGCACACGCAAGAUGCCACAACUCACUGCCAGCAUGAACCUCAGCCCCAGACCAGAUGGAAGCCCACGGACUGAGACUGUACCACCUAUUCUGGGUGCUACUGCAUCAGGGAGGUCUUUGGCCCGAUCUUCUUCCUCAUCCUCAUCCGCAGUCCCUCGUUCCAGGUCCUCCUCCCGUCCAGGGCGUUCUGCCAACCAGUCAAGAGACAUCUUCCCAAAAGCUCGCUUCCUGCCUUCCCAGGUGGGGCCUCCAGCUUUCUCCUUUUUGAUUGGUGGGCGACAGAUGGGCCGGCGAUGCCAGGGACGACGUUUCCAGACAAGCUUCACCCCGAACCCAUCUGUCAGCUCUCUUCCUCCACGGGCUUACGCCCACAAACUACCAGUUAUCGGGAGAGUGAGUAAACCAGUGAGACGUUGGACAUGCUCUCAUUAUUCACUGUAUCUGCCUCUUUAAAGCACAGAGAGGCUCUGGUUGGCUGGUUGUUUUUGUGGCUCCAGCUGCCUUAGCUUCCUCAUGAACUUAUUUUCUGCUUGAACUCUUCAAAGCACUAGAUUUAGAAAGGACAGCUGUAGAACUGUUCUUCGGCUGAUCACAGACAUGCUUUUUUUGAAUAUGCACCAGUUCGAUUUAUUUGUGAAAUAUUUUUUCGUUGACUGUCUUUCACGAUGGUAUCUCACGUAUGUGGAUAUAUUGUAUAAUAAAUCAAAGCACAUUUGCUA